GGACAUAUUAUCUAAUAGUCUUCAAGCUUGGUCCUGUUAUACCAAAGCCAAACCCCACCUUUUCAAGAAAUAUUUUGAAAUGGCUUCCGAGCAUUCCAAAGCAUGCUGUGAGGCUCCGGUCCCAGACAAUAUGAAUCCGUAUCAGGAGAAUGGCGAGUGGCUCCAAAUAGCGGGUAGAAAGACAUAUAUCAACGGCAGUAAAACAGCUACUCGAGCAAUCGUCUGGGUUUAUGAUAUUUUCGGCUACUCUCCUCAAACUCUUCGCGGAGCUGACAUUGUUGCUCGAGACCUCUCCGCUGGAAACAGUCCUGCUCUGAUCAUCGUUCCCGACUGGUUUGAUGGAUGUGUUGCAGAAAAGGCCUGGGUACCACCUGUGACUCCAGAGCAACAGGAAAAGCUUGGCGGUUUUAUCCAGAACAAAGCGUCUCCUGGCCUUGUAGUGCCCCGAGUAUUAGAAUUCACUAAGGAUAUUAAAAACGUCUUUACCAGUGUUGAAAAGAUUGGCAUUUUUGGAUUCUGCUGGGGUGGUAAGCUCGCUUCGUUGGCUUGCCAACAGGAUAAGGACAGCUUUGUGGUCGCUGUGCAAACGUCACCGGCGAGGAUAGACCCAGAGGAGGCAAAGAAUGUGUCAGUUCCUAUGGCAUUACUGUCAUCUGGGGAUGAAGAUGCGGAUUUGAUCGCAAAAUUUGCAGAUAAUCUGCACUCCGACAAACUUUUGGAGGUUUUCUCUACGCAGAUCCAUGGGUGGAUGAGCGGGCGAGGCGAUCUUGAAGAUCCAAAUGUGAAAGCAGAGUACGAGCGAGGCUACAAAAUAGCCGUGGGAUUCUUCGAUAAGCAUCUAUGA